AUGGGAGUAGGAGCGUUCCUUGAGCCUCUGACGGUCAUCGUCCUUCUCUUUGGAGGUACCUGGAUCAACCGAACAACAGGAUCUUUCCCUACACGCAGAACCCGCCGCAGAUCCAGCAUCCCUUCACGUGGCGCCUCUCCUGAUGCGACAGAUUCCGGACUGUCCACACCAACCGCAAAGGACGGGCUCUUGUCUCGUCGAUUGUCCUCAUCUUCAUCGGCACUCCUACAAGAUGGCCAGAGUCGGUGGCGCAAGAGGCAGCUGGGCUUCUUUUCGUCGACCUUCGAGGUCACCUCUCCCAACACCAUUGUCUUCCAAGAUCGCCUGCUUAGUCGUCUCUUACGGAAGUUCCCUUUCUUAGUUGAAUGCUGGUACUGGGCGCUAGUGUACUGGACAUACCAAUUAGGCCGAGCAUUUACUGCCGUCACGCUGCAAGAAGGCACUGUCGAUGUGGCGAGGAAGCAUGCGCUACAGCUGAUACAGGUUGAAGAGGCGCUGGGGUUGUUCUUGGAGGUUCCUAUCCAGCGGUUCUUCCUCCGGCACACGACACUCAUGAUGUGGACAAAUUGGAUUUACUCCUUCAUUCAUAUCCCAGGCACCAUUGCCUUCCUAGUCUGGCUCUACUACUACACGACCACUAGAAACCGCCCGCGCCUCUAUCAAGCUCGUCGUCGAACACUUGCCGUGUGCAAUCUGCUUGCGUUCGUGGUAUUUACUUUGUGGCCCUGCAUGCCACCUCGAUUGUUGAGCGACAAGGACGCGCAGGGUCCUGAUGCAGCUCGGGGUCGUAGCUAUGGCUUUGUGGAUACGGUGCAUGGCGUCAACGGUGCAGGCAGCGUUUGGACUGAAAACCGCUUCUGCAAUCAAUACGCCGCCAUGCCCUCCUUGCAUUUCGGCUACUCUCUGAUGAUUGGUCUCACGAUCAUGACCAUACCGCUGCCGCCACAUCAUCGUCGGCGCUCGCGCAUAACGAUUGGCUCUGUCGGGCUGCAGGUUCCGUCAUGGCGCCGACUCGUCUGCCUGGCCAUGGGCUUCGCCUAUCCAUUUGUCAUCCUGGCCGCCAUUGUUGCGACUGCGAACCAUUUCAUUCUGGACGCUGUGGCCGGUGCCACGGUGUGUGCUCUUGGGUGGAAAUUCAACGGCAUCCUGCUGAACUUGCUUCCCCUGGAAGAUUACUUCCUUUGGGCCCUUCGUAUCCAUAAGCCAGUGCCGACCGCGAUGGAUGAGCUGGAAGGGAUUGAUGGCUGGAUUGAUGAUGAGGGAUCGCCUGAACAUACUUCCCUUCCUUGCUCGUCUUCCUACAUAUAUACCGUGGACUUGCAUGAUACCCUUGUGGAAUUGCCUUCUCACCUCGUUUAUGAACCUGUCAUGACUCUGAUCUGUAUUAAUUACAUUGAUGGCACCGCCGGUCGGUCGUUGGGGCCGUACUAUCCUUACUGUUUCGUGCCUACUUUCCCUCGAUCAUCCAUAUGCUCCGAACCCCUACCGUGUAUAUGGCGACCUGCUUUGGUCAAAGACAAUGCAUUUAAUUUAUCUCUACUCAACCUGAUGAAUGGUUCUGGAGGACUCUCUUCCCUUGGCAGACGAAUGAAGCCGGAAAGCGGGGGUGAAUAG